CCCCGGUGGCCAAGGCUCUAACCCGUGACCCGCCCGUGAUGCCCCCAGGGGUCCACGUGUUCGGACUCUGUGCCACCGCCCUGGUGACGGACGUGAUCCAGCUGGCCACUGGCUACCACGCCCCCUUUUUCCUGACCGUCUGCAAGCCCAACUACACGCUGCUGGGGAUCUCCUGCGACUCCAACCCUUACAUCACCCAGGACAUCUGCUCGGGCCAGGACCAGAAUGCGAUUCUCUCUGCCAGGAAGACUUUCCCGUCCCAGCAUGCAACGCUCUCCGCUUUCGCCGCUGUCUACGUGUCGAUGUAUUUCAACUCCAUCAUCUCGGACAGCACCAAACUCCUGAAGCCCAUCCUGGUCUUCGCCUUCGCCAUCGCCGCUGGCGUCUGCGGCUUGACCCAGAUCACCCAGUACCGCAGCCACCCUAUCGACGUCUACGUGGGCUUCCUCAUCGGCUCCGGGAUCGCGGCCUACCUGGCAUACCACGCGGUGGGCAACUUCCAAGCGCCGACCGAGAGGGCCCCGGCCAACCCCCCCACCAAGGACGCCCUGCGGGCCCUGACCCAGCGGGGCCACGACUCGGUGUACCACCAGAAUAAGUCGGUCAGCACGGACGAGCUCAACCCCCAGACCCGGCUGGACGGGGUGAACCGCCAGGUCCAGCGGGAGAAGAACUCCCUGGGCAGCCUGAAACGGGCCAGCGUGGACGUGGACCUGCUGGCCCCCCGCAGCCCCAUGGGCAAGGAGAACAUGGUCACCUUCAGCAACACCCUGCCCCGGGUCAACACCCCCUCCAUGGACGACCCCGCCCGGCGCCACAUGACCAUCCACGUCCCCGUGGACGCCUCCCGCUCCAAGCAGCUCAUCACCGAGUGGAAGCAGAAAUCCCUGGAGGGCCGGAGCAUGACGCUGGCCGAGGAGGCCAGCGGGCACGCGAGGGCUGGCUCAGACUCGGUGGGCGCGGAUGAAGAGGAGCACGUGCCCCCCUCACUCUACCCGACGGUGCAGGCCCGCACGGCUGAGCGGGCCGCCAUGGGGCCCCGGGUUCUCAUCCAGCCCCGGCCGGGGGCAUCCCAGCUGGUUCACAUCCCCGAGGAGAGCCAAGGCACUGCCAACAUCUCACCCAACAGCAGCUCAGCCGUGCGGGCCAAGUGGAUGAUGAUGGCGGAGAAGGGGGCGGGCCAGCGGGUGGCCAACCCGCCUCGGCUCAUGCAGGUCAUCGCCAUGUCCAAACAGCAGGGCCUGGUGUCCGUCACCCCCAAGCACUCAGAGACCUCCUCGUCCUCCACCAGCUCCGACUCCUCCCAGUACCGCUCGCCAUCAGAGCGGGACAGCUCCAGCAUCGUCACCAUCGACGCCCACGCCCCGCACCACCCCGUGGUGCACCUCUCCUCUGGCAAUGGGCCCUGGGAGUGGAAGGUGGCCCAGAAAGGCUCAGACGGGCAGGACGCCUACGAGCUGAACGAGAUGGGCAAGGAUUACCGGGGCUUCCGGCCCACCAGGAGCGCCGGCGUCUCCCCGGGCUCCUCCGUCAGCGACAUUGAGCAGGACGAGCCGCGCUAUGGCAGCGUGGCCACCAUCAACGUGGCGCCGGGAGGGGGCGGGGCGGCAGAGCGGGGCGACGGCAUCCCGGAGAAUGUGCUAGGCCCCGCCAGCCGGGAGUCCACCCUGCGGAGGAAGCCCGCCAGCCUGACGGUCAGCGAGAAGGACGGACACACGGACAACGAGGCGGAAAACUACUACAAGAAAAUCCAAGCCAACCGGAGAUUUAAGGAGUAAUUCCCUCCCCCUCCCCCCCCCCCCGGCUUCCACCCCACCUGCCCCGACCCAGGGCAGCUGUCCAGAGCGGGGAACCUGCCUUCUUGGGUGUCUCCACUGCUGAACGACACCAUCAGCCCGCUCCGUGUGCUGCUGCUUUGGGACGAGGCCAGGACCGGGGUGGGGCGAGCAUCCGUCUUUGGGGGGCCUCCGGGGAUUUAUAUACAGCAGCCUCAAAGCGGAGCAGCACGUGGAGAAGAUGGUGCGAGCGCCGGAUGGGAGGGGUGGACUAGAAGAGGCAGGGACGGCAGAGUUCUUCUCCAGGGCGUUAAAACAACCAGCCCUCCGCGGGACUCCGAAUGUCCAACCAGGGGAGGAAUUUUCCAUGUUUAUUUAUUUGUUAACCAGGUGCUGACGGGUCCCGGGAGGGUUUGAGUUUGUUCGGCUGUUGCAGUGGUGGGGUGGGAGAGAAUGAAUGACCUUGAAAAGGCGGAAUCCAGGAGUCCUGGGCUACCAGUUGAGGCAACUGUCUCCAGCCUUGUCUGUGGAUUUAUUUGCCUCGCUCGCUGGGAGCUGGCAAUCAACGGAUCCAGUCACCAGCGUCCUGUGUCAUGUCCUGCUCCGUCUGUUUUAUUUGCAGGGGUGCACGUCCGACCACCGACUGAACUCUGGACGCUGUGGGACUCUGUAAAUAGCUCCCUGGCUGACGCGCGGUGCGUGCGCGGUGGGGCAGGGGCAUUAGCCGGGGCUCAAAGGCUUUUCACUGGCUGCCUGGAGAUUUUUCAGGGGCCCUUUGUUCUGGCGUCAGUGCCGGCCUGGCCACUCCUUGCCCUCUGUGCUGAGUCUCACAGAGAUCCCUAGGGACAGUUGAAGCUCACCCCAUGUACUGCCCGUGGGCGGUAAGAAGAGGCUGACGGACAAAGCUUUGUGAUUUGAGCUGGUGGGAUUUUUAUUUAUUUAUUUUUUAAAUAGCGCGGGAAAGUUUGAGGACGUCUUCGUGAUGCUUUUGUCGUUGUCGUUUGCCCCCCCCCCAUGAAAAACGGCCCCCGGUUCCCCUGGUUCCCCACCGAACCCAAUCCACAGCCAAGCUGGCCGCCCCUUACUCGCUGUGGGCCUGAUCCCAAGCCUAGUGACAUCUGACUUCAGUGGGCUUGGCAGCAGGGCCCCUGUGUGGCCCAGGCAGGAGACGGCGAUGGGACAGGGGAAGGCAAAGGGACAGGAAAUGGAUGUUGUCCCCUGUCACCCCCGGCUCUAGCCAGCAGCUGUGUGAAACCCUGUGGCCUUUGCUUAGCCUUUGGGCUAGCUGGUCAGGAGCCGUGGGAGGGCUGUGAGCUGGAGGGCAGGUGGGUGAAUGGGAGGCAUGUGUAUGGGGGUGGAGGGUGAGGGGUUAAGGGGGAAAUAUACUCUCUAGAGAGAUGGGGGGUCCUAGCUGGGCUCUGUGCCACAGGGGAGGAGGGUGCGGGGAGCUAACGCUGGGGGACGGGGGAGGGGGAGGGGAAUUACACAGUGGACUAACAGGCCUCGAUUCCUUACAUUGCCCAAUGCUACCGGUGCAAUUAGAAGGGUUCCUCUGAUCCUGCAGUGCUUGUCCAUUUCUCAUGGGCAGCCACGUUUCUGGCGGGCGGGGGAACUUCUCGGGAGAGCCGUGAGGAUGGAGCCCAGCCUGGUCCCCCGGCAGCGGCCGAGACAGGGCGCGUCCCCCCUUUGAGGGAUCUUCAUGGCUGCUGGAGCUUGGGGCGGGGAGUUACAGGUGUCAUGGUAGGAAAGUAAGCCAGUCCCCAAACUGUAUAUGCAUCUGUCAGGCGAUGGCUGAAGCUGCUGUGUUUGUAAGGAAAUAAAUGAAUGAACCUGU